AGAAAUCAAACAACUCUGCCUUCCUGGAGACCAUAUAUAAACCACCCUGAGGCCACAGCCAGCUUCAGUCUAUAGCAGAGGCAUUUGAACGUCCUGUUCCACUUCAGGGCUGUGAGCAGAGUCCUGUGAAUAAAGUCUUUAGGUGCUGCUCUUCCACACGGUGAGCAAGAGCUCCUUCACUUGAAGUCCUCCCCACGAUGCUGUUGCUGCUGCUGCAGGUCUUGGCAAGCUGCCUCUGGCUGGGACACAGUGAGCUGGUGACAUCCUUCGAAAGCUCAUGCCCUCAGUUCUUCUUCCGGAAAACCCCCCCAAAUGAAGCCCUGGAACCAGAGAACCCAGCCUGGAUCUGCCAGCGUUACAAGAACCAGUAUUACUUUGCCACCCUGUACGACAAGAGCAGGCGUAUUCCCGUAUACUCUGCUUACCUCUACCAGCCUGCAGCUGGCAAGAGACCCAACACAUGGCUGGUUGAGCCCCAGCUGAUUGGCCUGGCUUAUCCCAGAACUAUGGAAAGAGAGCGGACCCUCUUGAAUGACUUCAGCAUCAGCUUAGAGGAGAUUGGCAAGCACCAGGCUGUCCUCCAGGACUACAAGAACCUGACUGGUUUGAACCGGGGCCAUUUGAACCCCAACAGCCACCACUCUGACUCCAACAGCAGGACAGCAACCUUCACCCUCACCAACAUCGUGCCCCAGAAUGAGAAGCUCAACGGUGGCGCCUGGAACAACUACGAGCAGCAGACGAUGAUCAGGAACACCCAGGGCUGUAACAACACCUAUGUCGUCGUGGGUGCUGUGCCUGGGAACAACUACAUCUCCAAGGGGAGGGUGAAUAAACCCAGCUACCUCUGGGCGAGUGCCUGCUGCGAGGUGAACGCCAAGCAUAGGAAGACUUGGGCGGUCAUUGCUGAGAAUGAUAGGAAUGAGGUGCAGCUCCUCACACUGGAGGAGCUGGAGGAUACAUUGACCCGGCUUUAUGGGAGAAGCCGGGUUUCUCUGUUUGACAGUGGUUGUCCCCGGAAAUAAGCCCCACUACACAUCCCAGCGUAAAAAGGCUCAGAGGCUUUGUCCACAUGCCCUGUGCAGCAUCCAUCCUGCUUCCUUCCCCAGUGGUUUUCCAGCUCUUAAAAAGGAGUACUUGCCCUGGCCACUCUGGAGGGGCAAGCUGGAUGACAGCCAUGGGCAAGGAGAUC